GAUGUGGCAUCAUUGAUACGCUACGUGUAAACAAGCCAGCAUGGUGGAGGUAGUAGACCAAGUUGUCCCACUUAAGCGUAAACGGUAUAAUAAGAACAAAAAGAAAGCAUGGAGAAAAAAGACAGACAUAUCCGAGGUAGAAGACACAUUAGAGGAAGAAAGAAGGGAGGAGAGAUACGGUGGCCCCUUGGAAGAGAGAGAGGAUAAAGAGUUGCUCUUCUUGGAUACUGGAGUUGAUUCCAGUACUACUAAAACACACGUCAAGGAUGAAGAAUUUAGCUUUGAGUACACUGUGGAUAAAAUACCAGAGGAUGCCGGGGGUUCAGGAUCCAGUAAUAAGGUUCAGCUGAAACCAAGUAGUCGGAAACGACGCGUGAAAACUCUGAAGUCUCAUCAAUUCCUUAAUGGUCUUCAAGGAGCCAAGACACCACACAAACUACAAGGGAAGAGAGAUACAAUGUCUGUGGCAAUGAAGAGAAAGGCACAAGUACAAGCUAAAGAUCCAAAAGUAACAAAAAGAUUUCAACAAAGAAUAAAGCAAAUAGAGGAUUCUAAAGUGAAAGAAAAUGAAAUAUAUAAGAAUGUCAAGAAAAAUAAAUACAAAUUUGAUUUAUGGGCAGAAGGAGCUGAUAAUGUUUCACAAGAAUGUAAGAAGAAAGGUGUAGAAGAAUCUUUCAUCAAAGGUAUAUCUGAUUACUACAGGACAGAGAGAAAGAUCCGGCCAGUCAAGGUCCCCAAGCAUAGAUAUGAUAAAGUCUCUAGACUGAAAGCUGUGGAGAUUCCCAAAGGAGGAACCUCAUACAACCCUCAUGAUGAUGAUCAUCAGAAGCUCAUGCAAGAAGCAAUUUCACAGGAAGAGACUCGACGAAGGAAACUUAAGAAAGUAGAUCGUGCCACCAUUGAUAUGUUCCCUACUAUUGACAAAGCUCCUUCAGAGGCUUCAUGGCUUGAGGAAAUGUCUCAAGGUCUUCCAAAGGCUGGAGAUGAGGAUGAAGAAGAAAAUGAGGAACAAGAGGAGGAGGGUGAUGAGGAACAGGUGACUGUGACAAACAGACCAAAGAUUGAAAGGAAGACUAAGAAACAACGAAGGAAAGAACAAAAACAAAAAGCAAUCCAACUUAAGAGGCUGAGAGAAAAGGAAGAACGCAUUAGAAGUAGCAAUGUUUUCAGGGUCAAGACAUACCAGAAGGAGAUUGAAAACUUAGAUGAUUUAACACAUCAACGUAAUGUUAGCCGCCUUGCCUAUCAAAAGCAAAGGAAAUUUACAACCCUCCGCCUGGGUAAAAUGAGGUUUGAAGAGGAAGAUGUAACAGUUAGCCUUGGUGAUGAGCUGCCCGACUGUCUGCGUCACGUUAAGCCAGCUGUUGACCUAUUAGAAGAACGAUUCAAGAACCUUCAACGUAGAAACUUGAUUGAGCCCAGACUUCCAACCAAGAUGGUGAGGAAAUACAAGCUGAAGAAGACCAUGAAGGGCACUUACAAAAAGGCAUUGGAGGAGAUUGAGAAGAUUGAGUAUGAUUAAAAUUUUUGGCCAUCUGUUGUGUGCCUUUCUCCAAUUUUAAAGCAGGAUGUUACAGUGCAAAUUUUCUCCCAUUGUGAGAAAAUUCAGCAAUUGCACUUGUAACAUAAAAGGAGAAUUAUGUAAGUAAGUUUGGAUAUCAUAUAAAUAAAGUGUUUCAUUUCAUUGCAGUUAGUGUAAAAAAUACAUAAGAGGGAAUAUAAAAGGAAAGUAGGAAAAAAUAAAAAAAGGGGGGUGAUAAAGAGGAUAAAGAAAUAUUGCUGCUUUUAUGUUAAUGUAGAGUAUGAGAGAGUGAAUUUUUUAAUGUGAAUCUGAGUGUCAAGAAAAGAAUUAAAAGGAUUUGAGCACAAUCUUAAUACACCCCCAAUGAAAAGAUACUAGUCCUUGCCUGAGCACAAUUUAAGCAGUUAACUUCAUAAAAUGUAAGUGCACACACAAUCAAAAAGUAUUUCAUUGGUGGGUUCAAUAAAUGAACACUUUCUCCUGUUGUCUUGUUAGGGUUGUCAAAAUCUUUUGUUCAUUGUAUCAAAUUAUCUAAUACAAAUUGCACUUGGUCCAAAAAGUAUCUUCAAGGAGGGGUCCGAUGAAUUUUAAAAUGAACACCAUGACUCCCUUUGUCUGGGUAGGAUUGUGUCAAGUUCUCUCACUAUUGUAAAGAUACUUUUUGGGUUAAGUAUGCAUAUACAGGAGGUCCCUGGGUUACAUACAUAGACCCAUAAAGUUAAACUUUAAAUUUACAGUAUUUUAUUUACCUGGUGAUUUAUUUUUUACUUUCAUUUAGUGUAUUUUGUUAUUAUAUUUCUUUGUUUCUCUUAAAUUAAGUGAUUUGAGAUGUAUAUAAGGAUUUAUAUUUGUGGAAAGAAAACUGAAAGACUAUUAUGAAAUGAGAAUUUAACUAAAGGUGUUAGUUCUAGUUUUGGUAAUUGUAAAUUUAAAUGUAAAGUCAAUGGCUCAGUGUUAAAAGGGUUUGAUUUAAGAUUCUAAUAGGUAAUAAAUUUUGUGGGGUUAAAGGAACCAGAUAUCUAAAUAUGAAAUAUAUGAAGAAAAAAAGUUG